AGAAGAUCGUGAAACAAAAUUUUGUGUCCGGUGUGGAUGAGACAAGGGAGGUUGACGGGAUCGACCUUCCAAGAAAAAAUUUGUGUAUUUAGCUAGGUCAUCCAAUGGAAGGCGGACGUCUCCCUAGGGUCUGGGUCGCUAGGGUUUGUGUUGUUACACCGAUUUUCUUCCUCGAUCGUGGAGGGAGGGGUUGUGCUCCGGCUUUGUGAUCGAUCGUUUGAGGCAGGGCUCUACCUUGUUUUUGCUCGCACAGCUUCUUCAGAAUAGGUGGAAGCAGGUGUGUUUCGGUUUUGGUUUAAUUGCAGGUGACCGAUUAAUUUUUCAACAUUCUUGAAAGGAAGAUGGAGGAAAUUGCAAACAAAUAUAAGGACAUGACUAUUGGGGAUCAGGAGAAAGAACUGGUUUUUGAGGAGGAGAUGCUUGAAGAGGAAGGAGACUCGGCCGAGAGAGAAGUGGUACCAAGGAUACAGCCUCCUCCUGAGCCACCGCCAUGGGUUGUGCUAGAUUGAGCUCUAAGGAGCUACCCUUCUCACUGCACUUGCCAAACUCCAGUAAUCAAAAUGAUGGCUAAUGGAAAAGCGAAUGGACAUGGAGCUUUCAAGUUUCUUCUAACUUCAUAUUUGUUCAGUAUGAUUUUGUCAAUCAAUUGGCCAUUUGUUUGCAGUGCUUCUCAACAAGGCAUGGCGAGACUGAAUGUGAUCCACAGAUUAGGACAAGGAUACGGCAAGGUGGACCGGUCAACGAUGAUGAGUAAGCUUCUUCGGUCCCAAAAGGCACGACUCGACGCCUCCGGCGACCGCCGUCUUGCGAAUGUUAGCAGCACCUUCGGGAUCCACACCAUGCAGGUUAAACUGGGGAGCAAGAAAACUAACCUGAGCCUUGUCCUCGACACCGGCAGCCACCUCACGUGGACUCAAUGCCAGCCCUGCACGGAGGAGGAUGAUGGUCUAAGUCAAUGCUUCAACCAGUCGGGACCCAUAUAUGAUCCUUCCAAGUCAACCAAAUACUCCGACGUCCUAUUUGACUCCACAGCCUGCUCCGACGUCUACCAAGCCACGGGCCUAACGGCGUCCGCCGUAAGAUCCACCAACGACACCCUGAUUUGCGGCUACAACGUGUAUUACGCAGAAGACGUUGACUCACGGUCUACCGGCAAUCUGGGCGUUGACCAGCUGAAAUUCCUAGGUUCGGAGGAGGAGGAGGACGGCGGCGCUUUCAACCUCACCUUCGGGUGCGGCCAUAACAACAACCUUUCCGGCCGCCUGGACGCGGCGGGCGUGAUGGGGUUAGCGCAGUCAAACCUCUCCAUCGUUUCCCAAAUGUCCAAGGAAGUCAGGAAAUGUUUCUCGUACUGCCUCCCGACGGAAAACGGGACCGGCGGCUAUGCAGCAUUCGGCUGCCGCCGGCCAAAGACUCCGACGGGUCAACACGUCGGCUACACGAACUUGACGGAACCGCCGCCGGGCGUGGACGUCAAUAAUUAUGUUUCCGGUUUAUACUACGUUGAUCUGACGAACAUAAGUGUGAACGGAAAGGCGCUGGAAAUGAACUGCACGGCCGGAUUCCGGCACGCCGUCGGAAUGUUCGUAGACUCCGCCUCCCCCAUAUCUAUCCUUCCCCCCACAGUGUACGCGGCUCUGAACAAAUCAUUCUCCGAUCACAUGAAAGAUUAUCGGAGAGCGCCCGGAAACGAGAGUGGGAUUCUUGACAACUGCUACAACUUCACAAACCGCCCUAACCCGACCAUACCCAACAUAAGCUUCACGUUUGGCGGUGGUAUGGAGGUUGUUUUGCACCGCAGCGCCGUCAUGGUGCCGGUCAGUGCUGACCGGACUUCCAAAGUGUGUUUGGGUUUUGGCGCGAAUAAGAAUGACAUGUACAAUGUGACGGGAGUUUUUGGAAACUUGCAGCAGCAGACUUUGGAGAUGUUUUACGAUCUUGAGGGAGGGACACUGGGAUUUAGCCAGGACUCUUGUACUUAACCGAGGUUAGCCUAUGGAUUGCAUGCAUGAAUGCAACUUUGAGUCUAUGUCUAUCUACUUUUGUUUAAACAAUUUUUUCUUUAAUUUAUUAGGGUAUUACUCCAUUCUCGAUAAUGUAA